AUGUCGAUUCUCGCCCUCCCGCAAGACCCCUUCUUACCUCAAGAGCCAUCCAGAGGGCCGCUUUUCCUCGAUACGCAAGCAUGUCUCUGCGCUCUACGGGGAACGACGAAUUCAGACAGUAAUAUAGCAUGGCAGUGUAUAGGAAACCAGACGCAAGGUGUUUAUAAUGUGACGACCGGGAAGUGGUUUAACAGUGUAGGGCCUUCUAAGAUACCUGAGGAGCUCCUCAUAUCAGAUGCGACGAAUCAUCCCGAUACUAGCAAGGCUUUCAUGGUAGAUAAUUCUACUCAUGCCUUAAUCGAUCUCAACCCCAGUAAACUUAGCGUCUGGGAUCGAGCGUGCACGGGCGAGAAUCGCACAUCUUUCUCUACUUCUUACUAUAGGGCUGCAGCAGAACUCGAAAAAGAUGACCCGCCUGUCGAUGCCGCCCCUUGUUGGCGACCCGGAGCCCUUCCGAUCACGAUUCAGAACGCGUCGAGCUGGGAGACGGUCGGGUGUAAUGAGGGUUUUCUAUGUACUAAUAACACCGUAAACUCGUUACCACAAUUCUGUCCUCCUAUAACAGAGUGCCAGAUAGCGAGACUAGCAGGUUUCACUUGUACUUACAAUGGUAAAAACUUCGGGAUGGGCCCUUUUGAGCCCGUCGUUUGCCAACAGGGGUAUUACUGUCCGCCCGGGCGCAACGAAAUGAUUACCUGUCCAGCCGGCUCGUAUUGUCAACCUGGUGCUCCCUCGCCUACACCGUGCAGCGUUGGAAGCAGAUGCCCCGAAGGGUCGUCAUACGAAACAUUCCUAAUCCCGAUCCUCGUCUUAAUCCUCGUCGACAUCGUCAUAGCUAUACUACUCGUUUUAUAUUACAUCCGCAAGCGCUUCUGGAGGGCCCGCGAACAAUCCAUCGGCAACAAGUUGAAAAGGAGGACUACCUUCGUGGGAAAGGUCACAGGCUACAAGGAGAUCUCUGGCGACGUAGACAAUGACCAUGAGAUGGUGCCGAUGCAGGCGACAUACAUGCCGGGUCAAGAUGCGUGGACUGGUUUCGAAGCUGCGCUGGAAUUCCCAACACCGCAGAGUUCUACAUUAAACAUUACCGAAAGCGGAUUCUCACCACAGCUACGAGCAUUUGUUGAGUCUAUGCGGAGAGUAACCGACGGCGCUCGUUUCGGUCUAUCGUUUGCCUAUUCUGACCUCAGUUUUCACCCCAAGGGAAACCCAAAGCCAAUUCUACAAAACGUUACGGGGUCUAUCGAACGUGGCUCUUUAACAGCUGUCAUGGGUGGUUCCGGUGCCGGAAAGAGUACUUUCGUAAACGUUCUUAUGGGGAAAACCACUAAUACCGGCGGUUCAGUUAUGAUUAACAACGUGCCUGGGAAGAUCAAGAGAUAUAAGAAGCUCAUUGGUUACGUGCCGCAAGAUGAUAUAGUAUUACCUGAACUAACCGUCUACGAAAAUAUCCUCCACUCGGCAAGGAUACGUUUACCUCAAACUUGGAAGGAUGUUGAUAUAAAAGCUCACGUCAACUCGGUUAUCGACUGCUUGGAACUGUCUCAUGUCCAUGACUCGCUAGUUGGCAGCGUUGGAAAGCCUGUUAUUAGUGGUGGUCAAAGGAAACGAGUUAGUAUCGGAAUGGAACUCGCCGCAGCGCCUAUGGCCAUCUUUCUCGACGAACCUACGAGCGGUCUUGACGCCACGGCUGCGUCCUCUAUUAUGCGAACACUUAAAGCGAUUGCGCGACUGGGUAUAUCUGUUAUUGUGAUCAUCCAUCAACCGCGCAUGGAGAUCUUCGAAAUGCUCGACGACCUCAUCUUACUAGCAAACGGCCAGAUCAUCUACGAGGGACCGGAGGCCGGCGUGCAGGAAUUCUUCGAAACUGUCGGAUUCAGCUUCCCCCCGCACAGUAACUUCGGCGACGUCGUUACGGAUAUUAUUACUGGAAAUGGCAGGAUAUAUAAGCGGACUGGCGACAUAUCGAAGGAAGCACUGAUUGCAAAUUGGGCACAGUCGAGUAGAAACGCGUCGAUUAAGGAAAAGCAUGCUUCGGUCAGGUACUCGAGGACGUCUAUCGCGGAAAAUAACUCAAAGGGUCGAGAGUUGUUGAGGAAGAGAGGUGCGCCGCGUUGGAAACAGCUUUGGUUAUGUCUGUCGCGAGCUAUGCUCCAGCAAUGGCGAACAAAGACGGCAUUCUGCUUCGAGAUGGGACUGGCUACAGUGGCAGGGCUACUCCUUGGAUUGGCCGAGAACUCGAAAAAGGGUGUACUAUUCACUGGAAUCUAUAACGCGCCGUAUGAUGUCUUAUCCCUAGCAACGGAUAUCAAGUCGGUUCCCGAACUCGCGCUUCUAAUGGCCAUUGCCAUUGGUCUCGUGGCCGCUGCACCCGGUGUCAAGGUCUUUUCGGAAGAGAUGCUGCUAUACCGCCGAGAAUCCGAAGCAGGCCACUCGCGCAUCGCAUAUUACCUCGCGAAGAAUAUCUCUGUUUUACCUCGUAUGGUAUUCGGCUGCAUGCACUUCUCGACGGUGAUCCUUCUGCUCUCCGUGCCUAUUAUCCCGUGGGGCACGGCCUUCCUCGCAAAUCUCGUCUACUUCUACUGCAUCUACGGCCUCGCCAGCUGCAUCAGCAUGAUAGUCCGACGAGAAGACGCGCCUCUAAUAGCGACUAUGAUCAGCCUGAUCGUCGGUAUCUUAUCAGGCGCCGCGCCGCCUUUAUCCAGUGCGAAGGAUUGGCACAUGGAGUGGUUAUGGCGAGCGUCGCCGGGUACGUGGCUUGCUGAGCUGUAUUUUGGCCAGCUCGUCAACCCGUUCCGGUAUCUCUACAAUGUGGAGUUGGCUGCGCAACAGGUGGGCUUCCAUCUGGACUGGAAUUGGCGUAAUAUAGGAUUAUUAGUUGCUAUUGGUUCUAUAUACCGCGUCCUUGCGUAUCUUGGUUUGCUUGUAGGAAGCCGUGGCCCAAACUGGAUUCACACCUGGGAUAGCGGCGACGUACACCCAAUCCUAAAACUUGCAGUCGAAACCAAGACGCCUCUUCACCAUUGGAACGGAAAGCAACUCAUCUAUGACUCGUCGGGCAAUAAAGUGCCAGAGGAGAAGUCUGAGAGGCUUUCAACUCUCUUGUGGGAGAUAAUCGAAAAGGCGUUCAAGACUAGUGAGGCAGCUCGGGAGAGGGAUAAGGGGAAGAGUAUUCCACGAGAAGAGUCUCUACAUGAUUUCAUCAGUAAGAGAGCAGUAGAGGAGCUGAAAGAUGAGGAAGACCGACAAGUCCUCAUUCAAAUGAGUGAGAUGUGGGGUGCCUACGUUGGCGAGCCUGUCUGGAAGCAAAGUCUAAGAUUCGCUUGGAUGGAAGAAUGCUGUGGCGGUGAAGAGGUAUUCGUCGAGUCGAACUACUCUGCGAUUUUAAACAGAAUUGCGAAGGCAGCAACUGAACAGGCCAAGGUCAUACUUAAUUCUAAAGUCAUAUCAAUUAAUACUUCGCAUCACGAUGAAUCACAGAAAGAGGUCAUUCUGAGAGUAGAGAGCGGGAAUGAAUACAAAUUUGACCAGGUUGUGAUGGCGACACCGUUAGGAUGGCUCCAAAAGAAUAUGGAUACAUUCGAACCCGCUUUGCCAUCGAGGUUGAGUUCUGCUUUCCACAAUCUGAAGCUCUCACAACUUGAGAAAGUCUUCAUUACGUUCCCUUCCCCAUUCUGGAUCUCAGAUACAGCGGCUGAACCAUUCCCUGCCUAUACAAAUUGGCUUACACCAUCGUAUGCGCAGGAUACCAAUCCACACGGCUGGCCCCAGGAGAUCUGGAACCUGGCCGCUCUCGCCGCGCCUAACAAUCACCCUACUAUCCUCUUUUACCUAUACGGCGACUGCUCAAGACACAUUGUCAACACAGUAUACGGCCUAUCGAGCGCCGAGAAGUUUGCUUUCCUACGGGACUUCUUCCAGCCAUACUACUCACGGCUUCCCGGCUACGACGUUGCGAGUGAGGCCUGUGUUCCAAAAGCAAUCCUAGCUACCGAAUGGUUUAAAGACGACCUGUGCGGUAACGCGAGCUACUGCAAUUUUCAGGUCGGCGUUGAAGAGGCAGAUCAGGAUAUCCUUGCGAUCCGACAAGGAUGCGUCGACCGCGGACUGUGGUUCUGUGGCGAACACGCAGCCCCUUUCGAGGAAUCUGGUACUGUUGCUGGCGCGUAUCUCUCUGGGGAGUCGGUUGGCAAGAGGAUUGUGGAACUGUAUAAAGGUGAAUCUAAUACAGAAGAGUAA